AUGCCCAAGGACGACUCCAAGGCGUUUCGCCACGAGGCGGGCGCCUCUGCUGGCAGCAACAACAACGACGACGACUCGAAAGAUAAGCCCAAGAAGGUGCUCCGUGCCUGCGACGCCUGCCAUCACCGCCGCGUCCGCUGCAAUCACGAAAACCCCUGCGACAACUGCCUCCGUCUCAACAUCAGCUGCACCUGGAUCAAGGCUUCCAAGGGCAAGCAGGCAUCCGGCAGACGCAUCGAUCUGCUGCGCAAGGGUCACAACCCUGCCGCCGCUACCGACCUCGUCCCGUCGCCACCGGGCGCGAGGCUCCCUGGCGAGCAUGCCGCCAUCACCAAUCCCAGUCCAUCCGCACCGCGCGCCAUCCUGCCUCCGUCAGGGCACUCGCAUCCGCAUCCACAUCCACAUGCGCAUUCGCCCCGCCACUAUCCUCCGCCUCCCGCAGGUAGCGCCGCAAUGAGCCCUCCCGGCGUCCCUCCCAGCGCCAACUCUCCGUCCCAAAUGAUGGGUGGCUCCAGCCUCUACUCUCGCGACGGUCCCUCUGGCUCUCGCAACUCGUAUGGCGGAUACGGCAGAUUCGAUGGCAGCUCAGCCGCUGGCCCCUCCGGUCCCGCCCAGCAGCCAUCACCAUCCUCCCACUGGUCGAGCCCCUCGGCACGCUCGCCAGCCCAUCGCUAUCCCUCGCACGGCUCCUAUGGCCAGCCAGAUUAUCCGCCCUCGCAUCUCGCAGCCUCGAAUGCCUCUUCGAGCCAUCAUGCUCCCCACCAGCCCUAUCAUUCGCCGUCGCAUUCCUAUCCAUCCCACCAGAGCUUCCAGAACCAACCUCCACCCCCACAUCACCAACGCCAGUCAUCGUCCGCCGCCGCCGGCGCUUCCGCAUCAAAUUCCAACUUUGGCUUUGCUCCCUCCGAGACCUUCUCAGAGGGUCUCGGCGGCUCUUUCUCCGAGCUUGCCCCGGAUGUGGCUGCCAGCCUUCGCCUGCCGGACUUUGGCACCUCGCUCGCCGAUUCCUAUCUCAAUCCGCAGGAUGGCGGCGGCGAGCGCAGGCGCAACGUCUUGCUCGACAUGAACUCGGGCGGCCUCCCUCACGACGGCAGCUCAGGCAGCGCCGGAAACGGCAUGGGCGGAAAUGCGAAUGGAUUCCAUCAGCCCUACAAUGCACACGGCAACGGCUCGUUCCAAGGACGCCAGACCUUCCUCGACGUGCUCGGCCAGAACAGCCAGAUGCUCGGCGGACCCUCCUCGACGCCCGGCUCGGUCACCUACUCCGAAAGCGACGCCAACGAGGCUCAUCCGCUCUCCGACUCGGUGCUCAUCCCCAACAUCGCCAUCUUCUUUGAACGCCUCCAGUCCAUCAUGCCUGUCUUCACACGCGCCUGGGUGUUUGACAAGAUCGACCGCGGCGAGCAUCGCACCGACCCGCAGCUCGGCGCCAUGCUCAUCGCGCUCUCGGCGUUUGCGCUGUGCCAGCCCGUCGACUCGACCGAUCCCGUGGACAGCUCGUCGCGCAAACGCAAGGUGCGCCGCCUGCUCGAGGAGUCGGUCAAGAUGCGCAACAGCGCGCUGCUCGGCAGCCAUCCGUCGCUCGAGGCCAUCAUGUGCUCCUUCUUCAUCUUUGGCACGCUCUUUGGGCUGGGCGAGGAGAAUGCGGCGUGGUUCCGGCUGCGCGAGGCGGAGCGCCGCCUGCGUGCGUACCUGCUGCUCGCCAUCACGGAGCGCGCGUACGCGAUCCAGUCCGGCUCGUCCAUCACGUUCAGAGGCAAUCCCAGGAAGGCGACCGACUCGAUCCGCAGAAAGUUCGACGUGGCCCAGCUGCAAGACUUUCCCAACCUGCAGAGUCGGCUGUUUGACGUGGUCGACGAAAAGUUUGUCGACUGCUGGAACCGCAAGUGCCCUGGGCCCGGGUGCGACUAUCUCGAUGCGGAACGAGCGGUGCAGCUGCACAGGGCGAUCAAGGAGAGCGACGAGGAUGAGCAGAAGGAGAAGGAAUCGUUCCACCGCGACCGCGCCAACACGGGGCCGAUGCGCAGGGACACCACGCACGGCGAGCGUAGGCACCAUCCAUACGCCAGCCACAUGGCGUCGGGCGCCAAAGCGGAGGAUGCGCAGGGCGGUGGCGGUGGUGGUGGCUUGCACUCCAAGUCGGAUUGGGACAAGAGCAAGGUGCAGAAGGCGGAUGUCGAGGUGACGCGACAGUGGCUGCUGAAUCGGUUGUGGAUGACGUGUCGCUCGCACGGUCUGUUGACGGCGGAUGCGGAGGAGGAGCCGUUGCGCAUCGACUAUGCCAUCGACAUUGCACGCGAGACGCUGCGCGUGUGCAACUCGCUCUCGUUGCGGUCUAUGGAGGCGCACGGUAUCGGCCUCACGCGCAAGCUCAACGACAUUGCACAGACGCUCGUGAUUGUGUGUCGCGACUAUCCCGCGAUUGCCAUGUCGGUGCCGUUCGAGGGCGAUCCGAUCAAGACGGACCCUACGCUGUUUGGACCGUACUUUGGCCCGUCGCCACCCGACGCAAGCAGUGUUGGACAAUACCAAAGCCCUGCGUCCAAUUCGGCCAUGGACGUGGCGACCGAUCAUCCAUCCACGUCUUCAACUGCACCAACCCUCGGCGGUGUACCGCUCGACAAGGCCUUUUCGCCCAGCUACGCCAUCGAGGCCAUCUUGCACAAGUAUCUCGACAUCUUUAAGCGGUUCCGCGGAGGCGACCAUCCGUACCUCCCACAGCUCGUCGAGGCCGUCAAGGAGCUCCCCAAGAUGGCAGAACUCAGCUUCGACCGUUUCCUGCGCGAGAUGGGGCUGUUCUAG